CAGCCAGGCGGGUUGGGGAGAAGAGGCAGACUGGGUCCAGGCUGGGGACAGAACUGCAACAGACCAGGCCAGGAGGAGACGUAGCAGGGGCAGGGAGGGCUGGAGACAGAGAGACAAAGAAGAGAGAGCCCCGCGGUGGAGACUCAGAGAGAACCGCAGGGAGGGACAAGGGGUCCGCACAGGGAGUCGCAGGGAGCCAGAAUCCACUCGGCAGUAACGGGUUCAGAGCUUUUUGUUCUUUUCUUUUUUUAUGGACAAGAAGCACACUGGUGCCAAGGCGGAGGGAGAGACCCAGAAAGAGGACCAAGCUGAGAGUCCAGAGUCCCCUAUUCCCAGCUCCUCCCGCUCCCUCCCAGCACUCUCAACCCCCACCCCAAGCAGGAUGCAGUUUCCAUGGCAACCUGGCCGGCCCGAAGGGGGCGGGGGACUGCAGAGGAAAUUUUCCACAACAGCAAGAAGGGAGGAGGGUGCAAGGCAGGAAGGUGGCCCGGAUAGAGUGGGGGCCAUGCGGGGCCCCUGAGUCUCAAACCAGCACACUCAGGGCACCUCGGAGGGAAGGGAAGUACCCUCACCCACCCUCAUUCCAGCAAACCCACUCCCCCAGCUCAGUGGAAGUUUCCAGAGAGGCCCAAGGGUCAAAUGUCCAAAGGUCACCACUGCCCAGGCCUCCUGUGUGUGGUGGCUGGGGGCGGGGGGACAGGGAGAAGCAGCUGGAGCUCGGACAUUUGCUGUCAGGUCCAGGCAUGGCCCUCGACAGAGCCCCCUGGAGGGUGGGGGUGGUGGGCUACGGACGCCUCGGACAGUCUCUCGUCUCACACCUGCUGGCUCAGGGGCCAGAACUGGGCCUAGAACUUGUGUUUGUCUGGAAUCGGGACCAAGGACGAAUGGCAGGGACUGUGCCCCCCUCUCUGCAGCUCCAGGAUCUUGCUGCCCUCAGGGAGAGGCACCCUGAUGUGGUGGUGGAAGUGGCCCACCCCAAAAUAAUCCAUGAUUCUGGGGCACACAUCCUGCGCCACGCGAAUCUGCUGGUGGGGUCCCCCUCAGCCCUGGCUGACCAGGCCACAGAGCAGCGGCUCCAGGAGGCCUCCCAUCGCUGGGGCCAUGCCGUGUUUGUCGCCCGGGGGGCCCUGUGGGGCUCUGAGGACAUCACCAGAUUGGACAAGGCAGGGGGCCUUCAGAGCCUCCGCGUCACCAUGGCCACACACCCCGAUGGCUUCCGGCUAGAGGGGCCCCUGGCCGCAGCCCCCAGGACUGGGCCCCGAACGGUGCUCUACCAGGGACCUGUCCGAGGCCUGUGCCCCUGGGCCCCCCGCAACUCAAACACCAUGGCAGCUGCUGCCCUGGCUGCCCCCAGCCUGGGCUUCGACCGCGUCAUCGGGGUGCUGGUGGCUGACCUCAGCCUCCCGGAUAUGCACGUGGUGGAUGUGGAACUAACCGGACCCCCGGGCCCAGCAGGCCGCAGCUUUGUCGUGCACACCCGCAGAGAGAACCCUGCUGAGCCAGGCGCUGUCACCGGCUCUGCCACGGUCACCGCCUUCUGGCGCAGCCUCCUGGGCUGCUGCCAGCUCCCCUCCAAGCCAGGGAUCCAUCUCUGCUGAGAAGCUUCUUCACUCCCGAGAGAACAUCCGCAUAUCAUUUACCCCCCCCACCGCCGUCCCACGCCUCCCCUGGCCUCAGUUUCCCCAGAUCUCC